AUGGAAGAGACAGAGAGCGAAGACAUCUCUCCGGGGAUCCAGGCCAGGAAGAGAAGAAGGAGGUUGGCAGCACGCCUGGCCCUGGAGAUGGAGUUGAUUAAGAAGGAGUUUGAGAGGCCGAGUGCCCUGAAGAAUGCACCGGCAUUCCUUUGUGACUUUGAAAAGCAUCUUCCCUUUAGCCGUAAGGAGGAAAUCAGGUACGCCUGCAUUCCCGAUAAGAGAGGCCUCGAGAAAGCUGCAGAUGAGGCCGAGAAGGUGAAGAUGGUGGCCGAAUAUGCUGCAGAGGCUGGGGUCUUGAUGGUGAUAGAUGUUUUAAGACAGUCUAGGAAAGUUGUGUUUGGCAGAGACUGGGAGAUCGGAUACAGGGAAAAUAACAUUAUUAACAUCCUUCGCAAGAUUGAAAGGAAGAGAAGGAGAAAAGGCCUGCUACGGGAUCCAGAGAGGUGCAGGGUCUCCAUGGCAGGCGUCCAGAGGGUAUGGAGAGAAAUGAUGGGUGCUGAGCAGGAGAAGAGGAAGAUUCUUGGGCUGGUAGGGCAUGAGGUGACCCUUUCCGCAAGAAAGAGAGUAAUCCGUAUCAACGAUAUCUCAUGGGAUUCAGACCAGUCUGGGUCUGACGGAGUACUCUGCACUAUGAUGAGGACAGCUAAAAUAUUUCCAGGUAGUGGGGUGAGCUAUGAGCACGUGAUGCUUCCGUCGGUGGGAGACGAUGAUCCUCCGCCGCUCUUCAAUACUAAAGCACAUGCCUUCCCUAGGAAAGCAGAAGACACAUCGCCAAAGAUUCAGAUGGUCGAGACAUACAAGAAGUAUCUUGGAAACUUCUCCAAGCUGAGUGCCCAGCGGUCAAGUAGAAAUAACCUCGUCACCAUGCAGACAUCGUUAGGAAGCCAUCCGACCAGCCAGCACAUCUUUAAGAAAAUAUCGAUGGAGUAUCUGCGGUGUAAGAGUGCCAGAGAUAUUGUCAGCCACAAGUACAGACAUGUGAUCAUUAAUAGAGAAGCGCACAUGGCUAAGAGGGAGGAAACUAAGUAUUCGACGGGUCGCCUUGAGGACGACUCGCCUGGAGAUUUAUGCUCAAGUGGAAGUGACGAUACGAGUGUUGGAUACACUUUCCUUAUCGAAGCUGCGCUGGGCAAAGUCUGCUCUUUGGACUCAGAAAAGAAUGGCGAAGCAGGUGCGAAUGCGAAAGGAAUUUCUAUAGAUGGACAGAAUGGCAGGACACAAAGCGAUUCCAUAGAAGCCCAGAUGCAAGGCUCACAGUGCAACAGCGAAGGCCUGGAUGGCGGAGAUGUCCAGACAGCCUCGAAAGAUUCGUUCAAUGGAGGAGUGUGUGACAGCAGAGUGGAGAAACCCCCUGAAGACCCUCUUGAUGGAGGCAGGGUGGCAUCCGGGCACAGCGCCCCCGACGACAAAGGAUAG